CUGCAAUCAAAUGCCCUUUUGAGCGCGCACUAGAGAAAAAGAGAAAGCCCUAAUAAAAAUAGAAAGUUGAUGAAAAGAGCAGAAAAUAUUUGGGAAAUUGAGAAAUGUCGAACAGGUUGGCAAGGAGACGAGAUCUAUUGGGCCGCUGGAAAGCCAUCGAGGAAGAAGAAGAUGACGAUGACGCUCACGACCCUUCCAAACGACGCCGUCUCCACCACCUUAAGGAGCAAUGGUUUGCAGAUGCAUUUGAUCUCUUAAUUUGUUUGCCAAAAGAAACCCAUAUCUGGUGUGGCUCGUGGGAAUUAAUGGGUCCUCUUUUGGAGACGUUCUACAAUUACUUUAAAGAUGAGAAUCCUGAUUCUCCUCUCAAGCGUUUAUGGAAGAGGAUCACUGAAGAAAUGCGGCAAUGCAUCCAGUGCAUCUCUCAGCACUACCAAGCCCUAGAGGCAUACAAUAUGGAGUAUGAGCAGAGUUGCAUUAGUCCCCUUCUUGAUGUGAUACGAAGUCUUAAUGAGGAAAGGGUAACUGAGCACUUGAGAGAGAUCAAAGCAAGAAUAGCACGGGAAGAAUAUGAUCCAGCUUGUGAUAAUGCUGAAGUUGUUAGUGUCAUGUAUGAGGUUUUGAUGUUCCCUAUCCUGUUGGAUGAUCAGUUAUUGUUCACUGAAUUUGAAACAUUUAUUGAAGCAAUUGAUAGUAAGCACGAACUGGCUUUGGAUAGACAUCAACAGUUUCCGGGCAUUUAUGCAUUGUUUUUUUUCAAAAGAGGAGUGCGUUCUGUUGGUCAUCGUCUUGCUGGAUCGAUGGGAAAAUUGAGGAGAGUAACAGACUUGGAACCUUUGCAGCCUUUGCUUAAGAAAUUUAUAGGCUUUUUGGACACAGAAGCUUUGCCAUCAACUUUUGAGACUUCAAGGCCAAGAGCAAAGCUGGACCGUGUAUCCAUAUGGCUUGGAAUCAAAUCAUUGCUUGGGUUCUUAGAACCUCCAGCUUUUGAAGAAGGGAUAUUGGAGCGCUACCCCAUUUUUCUUGACCUUGUACUCAAUCAUAUCAGUGGCGAUUCGGUUGUAUUUUCUCAUGCAGUUACCUGUCUGAGACUACUAUUUGAAAUGCUUGGUUGUAAGCUUUGGUUGAGGUCUACAUUGUCUCCAAGUGUGAUGCGCAACACUCUAUUGGGUCAGUGUUUCCAUACUCGAAACGAGAAAAGCCAUAAAGACAUUUUUGAUCUUUUUCAGCCUUUUCUGCAGUCUCUUGAAGCUUUGCAAGAUGGGGAGCAUGAAAAGCAACGUAGGAAUUUUCUAUAUUUUCUCCUUCAUCAAGUGCCAGUGAGCAGUAACUUCAGUGUUUUAACAAGAAAAAAGGCUUGCCAGAUAGCUCUUCUUAUUAUACUCCGAGGUUAUAAGAUGAACCCGCCAUGCCCACCUUUUGAAUGUGCACAUAUGUGGGGCCCUUCUCUUGUGUCAUCCCUGAAUGAUUCUUCACUCCACAGUUCUCUGAGGCAACCUGCCUUUGAUCUUAUACAAACUAUUAUAGUCUCUGAUGCUGCUGCCCUUAUAACUACAAUGCUGAAUUGCAGCAUGCCUUGGACUAUUGAUAGAAACAUGUCUCACCACUUUGAUGAUGAUGAACAAUCUGAUGGGCUUCCAUUUACUCCAGAUGUUGAAGAGGAGGACAAUAGUUCUUGGAGGGAAUUCAGCAUGCAGAGUAAAAUUACUUCUCGGGAAUAUCAAGGGUGGAUGUGCAUUCCCAUGCUAUGGAUUGAUGUUCUACUUGAAAUUGAUCCCUUAGUCUUUCCAAUAUCAUUUUCCAAGGCUGUUUUCUGGGCUCGAUCUCGUUUUUCUAUGGUUGAACCUGAAAUCAGUGCAGAAAUGGCACUUCCAGUGAGAACAUGGCUUUCAUCCUCUUUGACAGAGAUCUCCAGUUCUUUUAGUUGGAAAAUCCCAACUGGUUCUGAUGAUGGUGGAGAGGGGAAGGAGCCAACGAACUCAGUAAAAGUAUCGUCAAUGUGUCUCCCUUUAAUAAGAACAUUCAACAGGUUAACUACACACUUCGUAGUUCAAGUGGGGCAAAGAGAAAUCCGGAAGCAGUGGACGUGGGAAUCAAGGAUGGGUGAAAGCUUGAUACUUUCACUUCUGGAUCCUAGUGAUAAUGUGAGGCAGUUUGGGAAGUGUAUCUUGGAACAGGCUUCAAAUACGCGGGGUCUUGCUUAUGGCUUGAAGUUUCUCUGCUCUGAUAGAUCUUCAUUGUCUGCCAAUUUUUUGGGCUUGAGACAUGCUUGUAAAUUGGUUCGACUGGAUUCUGUUUUAGAAAAGUUUCAGAUUUUACAACAUUUUUUCUUCGUUCUACGCAAAUUACUCGAAGAAGGGGAUUUAUCUGCCCUACGUUUUACUGGAAAUUCAUCUGAUAACUUAAAUAUCACGAGCUUCUCUUCCCAAGGCGGAUUUCUGAGGCAGCCGGUCUUUGAUUCAUUGCUUGUGAAUGUCAAUGAUCAUUCUUCAAAUGUUGACCUAAAAGCACAGGAAAAGUUCAUUUACUUACUAUCAGAAACUGCUUGGCCUUCUAUUCGGAGGUGCUUAGUAGAAGGGAAGGCAUUUAUUGAUCACAGUUUUUGUCAGUUGACUUGUGUCCGCUUACUUCAGAUCCUCCCUGUUGUUUUUGAAAUAAUUUACCCAUCCUUUGGUAAAAAGCCUGGGGAUUCCCGAAUGAUGGUGGAAAGUUUGUAUAACUUCUCAUGGCUCAAUGACCUGAUGGAUUGGGGAAAGUCAUCGCUCAAAGUCCUAAUCGUGUAUUGGAAACAGACAGUUACUAUUUUGCUGUCUUUUCUCAAAGAUUCAUUUGGUAACACUGCUACAAUGAUAAUCAAUGCCAUUGAAAAUCUAAUAUCUUGCGAUAACUUUGCCACGGAUGAAUUGAUGGAACAAGUUUCACGCCUUUCUGCGUCAUUAUCUAAGGAAGCUUCUAGUAACAUUGGAGUGACGACCUUUAGGUCAAAAUCUUUAGUUCCUGAGUGCUUGUCUAAUGAGAGGAAGCGUUCAGUUUCAGAUGUGCGGCCUCUCUCUGCGGAUGAUAGAGAUGUGCAGAUCUUGGACUUGGUAACAGAAGCUCAUGAAAAGGAUAGAGAUAAUGCGAUUGUUCUGUCUGAAAGUGAAACUGAAGAACCUAUAUCAGCCGACGAGGUCAUACAAUCUGAUACUAGGACAGGUUACUGUAAUUUGGAGGGAAAGACUGCAGGUCCUGGUUUAGUUUCAAAUGUGCGGCCUCUCUCUGCGGAUGAUAGAGAUGUGCAGAUCUUGGACUUGGUAACAGAAGCUCAUGAAAAGGAUAGAGAUAAUAUGAUUCUUCUGUCUGAAAGUGAAACUGAAGAAUCUAUAUCAGCCGAUAAGGUCAUACAAUCUGAUACUAAGAGAGGUUACUGCAAUUUGGAUGGAAAGAUUGCAGGUCCUGGGAGCGCAUUGCAUUCUGACCCUACAAAGAAGAAAGUUUCUGACACUGACACUUCUAAGAAUUGCUUGGAGUCUUUUCAGCAAAAAGAUGCCACUGAUGGUUGUGUGGUUGCUUCUCAGGAUAAGGGCUUUGAUAGAUUAAAAGGUAUACCAGCAUCUGCUUCUCUCCUCGAAUCAAAAGAUGUAGAUAGUAAGAGGAAAGAAAUAGACUCCAAAUACAAAAAAAAUGAGUCUCAAUCCCAUAAUGGAAUUAAUCUUAAUAACUCAUCUGUUCUGAAAGAGAUAGUACACUAUACUGAAGAUGAUCCAAUCGAGUCUGCGCUUAAAUCUGCAAGACUUCAACAGUCAUUUAUGGCAAAGUCAAAUACUUCUCUUCCUAAACGGCAAGUCAUUCAGCUUAAAUCUUCUUUUCAAAAUAGAUCUGGCCAUUUACAUAGACCGGGGUCUGGAGUGAAAAGGUUCAAGCCACCAAAGCUCGAUGACUGGUAUAGACCCAUUUUGGAAAUUGAUUACUUUGCAACUGUUGGAUUAGCAUCCACAGGUGCAGAUGGGAGUCGAAUUGUUAGCAAAUUCAAGGAGGUUCCUGUGUGUUUUCAAUCACCUGAACAAUAUGUGGAGAUUUUUCGGCCACUGGUUCUGGAGGAGUUCAAAGCACAGUUACACAGUUCCUUCCUGGAAAUGCCUUCAUGGGAAGAGAUGUAUUUUGGCAGCCUAUCUGUGAUGGUGGUUGAGAGAGUUGAUGACUUUCAUCUGGUUCGAUUUGUCUAUGAUGACAAUGAUUCUGCAGCUUCUAGGAACCUUUCUGAAAAUGAUCUUGUUUUGAUAACAAAAGAGCCUUUGCAAAAAUCUUCCCAUGAUAUUCAUAUGGUUGGAAAGGUGGAGAGGCGUGAGAGAGACAACAAGAGAAGGUUAACUAUAUUAGUUAUCAGGUUCUAUCUUCAAAAUGGGUUUUCACGGUUAAAUCAAGUUAGAAAGAACCUCAUUGAACGAAGUAAAUGGCAUGCAAGUCGCAUCAUGAGCAUUACACCUCAACUUAGAGAAUUUCAGGCACUGUCAUCAAUUAAGGACAUCCCCAUACUUCCAGUUAUUUUAAAGCCUGUCAAUGAUUCUCUUGGUAAUGAUGUAUUGAAGAAAGUGGAUCUGGGUAAGCUGUCCCAACCCUUGCAGGAAGUACUGAGAUCAUCAUUUAAUGACAGUCAACUUCAAGCUAUAAGUAUUGCUGUUGGAUCACCUAAGUUGAAGAAGGAUUUUGAAUUAUCUCUUAUUCAGGGUCCUCCAGGUACUGGCAAGACGCGGACUAUUUUGGCCAUUGUCAGUGGUUUGCUUGCUUCACCUUUACAGAGGACGGGUAUUGCAAAACAUUUCCGCGGUGCCAGUUUGAAAACAAAUAGUACUAUAUGCACCAAAUCAAGUCCAUGGAUUAGCCAGACUGCUGCAAUUGCAAGGGCAUGGCAGGAUGCAGCCUUGGCUAGACAAUUAAGCGACGAUGUCCAACAAAAUUCAAAAUCUGUGGAAAGUUCAGCAAGAGGAAGAGUGCUUAUCUGCGCUCAGUCGAAUGCCGCAGUUGAUGAGUUAGUAUCUAGAAUUUCUAGUCAAGGUCUUUAUGGCAGUGAUGGAAAGAUGUACAAGCCAUAUCUUGUAAGGGUUGGGAAUGUGAAGACUGUCCAUCCAAAUUCACUACCAUUCUUUGUUGAUACACUUGUUGAUCAACGUUUGGUGGAAGAGAGGAUGAAAGUUUGCAAUGAAAAGAACGAAACAAGUGUGGAUUCUUUAAUAGCUCUGCGUUCUAAUCUUGAAAAAUUAGUUGACCGUAUCAGGUUCUAUGAAACCAAGCGUACUACCUUGAGGGAUGGAAAUGAUGAUCUUAAGAAUUCUCCAGAAGAAUUGUCUGAUACAGAAAUAGGGUUGAAGCUAAGAAAACUUUAUGAACAAAAGAAGCAAAUUUAUAAAGAUCUUAGCAAUGUUCAGACACAGGAGAGGAAAGCUAAUGAAGAAAUCAAAUUUCUUAGACGUAAGCUUCGGAAGUCUAUAUUACAGGAAGCUGAGAUUGUGGUGGCUACAUUAAGUGGCUGUGGUGGAGACCUCUAUGGAGUGUGUUCUGAAUCUAUGUCAACUAAUAACUUUGGGUUUCCCUCUGAGCAUACUCUUUUUGAUGCCGUCGUGAUUGAUGAAGCUGCUCAAGCUCUGGAACCUGCUACUCUCAUUCCUCUUCAACUUUUAAAGUCAAGCGGGACCAAAUGUAUUAUGGUUGGCGACCCAAAGCAGCUUCCUGCGACAGUUCUUUCUAGUGUUGCAAGUAAAUUCCUAUAUGAAUGCAGCAUGUUUGAACGUGUACAAAAGGCUGGCCAUCCUGUCAUUAUGCUGACCAAGCAGUAUAGAAUGCACCCAGAAAUAUGUCGGUUUCCUUCUUUGCAUUUUUAUGAUGGAAAGCUCCUAAAUGGUGAUAAAAUGUUGAGCAAGUCAGCUCCAUUUCAUGAAAUUGAGGGUCUUGGGCCAUAUGUAUUUUAUGACAUUGUUGAUGGCCGAGAGCAUCGUGGUAAGAAUUCUGGUGCAUUGUCCCUUUACAAUGAAAAUGAGGCUGAUGCUGCAGUUGAAGUUAUUAGGUUUAUGAAGAAAAGGUGCCCAUCUGAAUUUAUUGGUGGAAGGAUUGGCAUCAUAACUCCAUACAAAUGUCAACUCUCUCUUUUACGUUCUCGUUUUUCAAGUGCAUUUGGAUCUUCUGUCAUAGAUGAUGUGGAAUUUAAUACUGUGGAUGGUUUCCAAGGUCGGGAGGUUGAUAUACUUAUACUUUCCACUGUUAGAGCAGGGGAGCCUAGCUCCGCUUCACUUGGGAUCAACUCGAGCAGUAUUGGGUUUGUUGCUGAUGUAAGAAGGAUGAAUGUUGCAUUGACUAGAGCCAAGCUCUCGCUCUGGAUCUUGGGUAAUGCCAGGACUUUGCAGACAAACCAUAAAUGGGCUGCCCUUUUGAAGGAUGCUAAAGAGAGAAGCUUGGUUAUUUCAGUUAAAAUGCCAUACCAGUCCAUGUUUGAAACAGCCUUUUAUAAAGAUGGUGCACCAGGAAUAUCCUAUAAUCAUUCAAGACAGCAUAAGCAUGUUGAAAAGGGUAAAGAUGCUAGCCAGCAUGCAAAACAAAAUGAGGGCACUGUAAAGCGAACCUUUGGAAGGGAAACAAAAUAUGCAGAUCAGAGUAAAAGAACAGGUGUACGAGAUGAAAAAGAUUUGCCAGCAACUAGAGAAAAUAUGCCAAAUAACAGAAGUGCCAAAGAUGAAGAUGAAUUCCUAAUAAAGAAAGAUUCAUCUUUAGUUGCAGAUGGUAACAACAGAACCUCUGAGGAUGUUGAAUCUGCAAUCUCAGGGAAAGAUGUUACAGAUGGUGAUAGAAAAGGCAAAGAGAGUCUUAAAAGGAAAGCGAGUUUAGGUAAUACUCAUAUGAGCAAGCGGAAAGUUAAUUUUGAAAAUUCUACGAGUAAUUCAGACCACUCUAAACAAGAAUUGGGUGAUAGUCAUAACCUUUUGAAAUCACAAGGGUCCAAAAGACCAAAGAGAUCUCUUGAAGUAGAUAGAAGCCUGGGGAAUCAGGAAGUUGCAGCUUUUUUAACUGAUGGCAGCCUGAAGGAGAGAGAUGUAAAUCAUAGAGGUAAAGCCCCCAGUCAGGUAGGCCCUGGAGAUUUGAUUGCAAAGAGGAAACAACAACGUGAAGCUGUUGAUGCUAUUCUUUACUCUUCUCUGAUAUCGUCAAAGAAGUCUGAAACAUCGAUGAAACCUUUGCCUGCCAAUAGGCCUCUUUCCUCAUCAUCAAAUGUUGGUGGUGGCAUAAAACCAGCCAAAACAAGAAAAGUUACACCAGCAUCUUCAAUUAGUACAUCACAAGAUCAGACCCAUCAGCAUCGCAGUAAGAGAGAUAAAUCUUUACUCUCCCAGGAUUUGAGUGAAGCUUGAAGUAUUACAUUGAUCCAGUUCUGUGAAGGAAGCUUUGUGACCAAUUGUCUAAAUUGGCAGGAACUGGAAAGAAAAAUUUAGGCCGUGGAUGUGUGAAUAGUAAGGUAAUUAGUGGUAUUCCUUUGGCAGUAUCCAACUAUCCAAUGUAUCAGGGAUGAAUUUCUUAUCAAGCUGCUUGUACUUUUAUUGAAAACGAUUCCUCAAUUGCUGGUACUGCAGGACACUGUAUAAGAUGCAAAUGGUUUGAAAUUUUACACACCGCGCGCGCACACACAAAUAUAUAUAUUCUACUGGUUACACAGUUAAGAGUCA